AUGGCCAUGGAGCUUGACGGUGGGUCGGAGAAGGCGGUGAACAAGUGCGCGGGCAAGGUGAGCCAGUAUGUGACGGUCUUGGCCAACGAGCCGUCGUUAGGAUUGAUGAGAGUGAACGAGCACAUCGCCAAGGCGACUCCAGAGCUGUUGGACAGGAUGGAGAACGUUGAUGGAGCUACAGAUGGCAUUGCUGCUGGAGUUGUCGACAUUGAGUAUGCAGGAGAGGCUGUCGAGACGCUGCUGGCGUCGGCGACCGUCUUCGACUCCAUCUCGGGCUACAUCUCCAGCGCGGCAGGAGCAACAGCGUCGAUACUCUCCGAGCAAAAGGCAAGGAAGAAGCGCGGCGAAAAGGGCGGGCUGCCUGUGGCCCUUCCAAGCGAGCCGUAUGUGCCGCGGGCGGAGCGAUCGUGA